CAACGGCCUGCCUUCUUCUCCGUGCGCGAGCUCGACAGUCCAAAGUAUAAAGAAGCGCGAGCGUUAUUAUCAGUGGAAAAAAGUAGAUUCUGUAGGACCUACCGCGCGCGGACAGAGGCAAGCUUUCUCCUAGCUAUCUGCCCCUUGUGAUACAAACCUACAUGUCCAUCAGGAUAAACGGACCUCUUUCCAACUUCAGGAGUAACCAUCUUAAAAUGGAGUGGGAAUUAUGGAUUUAAAGCAGAGAGGACUUGAAAUGGGUGGUCUGCUGGCAGAGCUGCUGCUCUGGAAUUGCCUGCUGAUGGCGGUUGAUGGCUCCCCCCUCCUUCUGUUUGCCAACCGACGAGAUGUGAGAUUGGUUGAUGGUGAAGGUGUGCAGGGCGAAUCAGCCAUAGUUGUCAGUGAACUUGAAGAUGCAGCUGCAGUGGACUUCCUGUUUGAUGAGAGCCUGAUCUUUUGGACUGACGUCAGUGAGGAGGCCAUCAAACAAACCCACUGGAAUCAGUCAUCCAACUCUCUUAAGGAGGCUCUGGGAACUGGCCAAGCAGUGGUCGUGUCUGGGCUGAACAGUCCUGAUGGGUUAGCCUGUGACUGGCUGGGGAAGAAGCUCUACUGGACAGACUCGGAGACCAAUCGGAUUGAAGUCGCCAAUCUGGACGGCACCUCCAGGAAAGUCCUAGUGUGGAUGGACUUGGACCAACCCAGGGCUAUUGCCCUUAAUCCUGGACAAAGAUACAUGUAUUGGACAGACUGGGGAGAGGAGCCUCGGAUAGAACGUGCUGGCAUGGAUGGCAGCAGCAGGAAAGUCAUAGUGAAUAAGAACAUACACUGGCCCAAUGGCCUCACCAUAGACCUGGUGGAGGAGAAGUUAUACUGGGCUGAUGCCAAGCUCAGCUUCAUUCACAGAGCCAACCUGGAUGGAUCUGCACGAGAAGCAGUGGUGGAGGGCACCCUGACCCAUCCUUUUGCACUAACAUUGUCUAAGGAGACGUUAUACUGGACUGACUGGCAGACUCGCUCCAUCCAUGCCUGCAACAAACACAGUGGAGACAAAACCAGAGAGAUCCUCAGUGGGAUUUAUUCUCCAAUGGACAUCCAGGUUCUGGAGCCUUAUCGACAACCUUACAUUCAGACUCCGUGCAGCAACGAUAACGGAGGCUGCAGUCACCUCUGCCUGCUCUCUCCGCUCCAGCCUUUCUACAGCUGCGCCUGUCCCACGGGAGUCCAGCUUAAAGCAGAUGGAAAGACAUGCAAGCCAGGUGCAGAGCAGGUUUUGCUGCUGGCUAGACGGACAGACCUGAGGAGAAUCUCACUUGAUCUGCCAGAUUUCACUGACAUAGUGCUGCAGGUUCAUGACAUUCGACAUGCUAUAGCUAUAGACUAUGACCCGGUUGAAGGUUUUGUCUACUGGACAGAUGAUGAAGUUCGGGCCAUACGACGAUCUUACAUUGAUGGCAGCAAUGCCACAAUACUGGUUAACAUGGACAUCAACCACCCAGAUGGUAUUGCUGUUGACUGGGUGGCCAGAAACCUUUACUGGACUGACACUGGCACUGAUCGGAUUGAGGUUACCAGACUAAAUGGAACAUCACGAAAAAUUUUGAUUUCGGAGGACCUGGAGGAACCCAGAGCCAUUGUUCUGGAUCCUGUUAAUGGUUUUAUGUACUGGACUGAUUGGGGUCAGCAUCCUAAGAUCGAGAGAGCAAACCUGGAUGGAACAGCUCGGGUGGUCCUGCUCAACAGCUCUCUUGGCUGGCCCAAUGGAUUAGCCAUAGACUACACAGCAGGGAAGCUUUACUGGGGAGAUGCUAAAACUGACAAGAUAGAGGUGAUCAACGUGGACGGCAGUAACAGGCAGACUCUGCUGGAGGACAAGCUGCCUCAUAUCUUUGGCUUUACUCUGCUGGGUGAAUACAUCUACUGGACCGACUGGCAGAGCCGCAGCAUCGAGAGGAUCCACAAGGCCACUGCCGUGCGAGAGAUCAUCAUCGAUCAGCUGCCAGAUUUAAUGGGCUUAAAGGCUACCAAAGUCACAGAGACCAAUGGUACAAACGGCUGUGCAGAGAAUAAUGGUGGGUGCAGCCAUCUGUGUUUUUGGUGUGAGCAGGCGGUCCGCUGUGCUUGUCCCAUGGGCCUGGAGCUCCUCUCAGACCUCCAGACCUGCGUGGUGCCAGAGGCCUUCCUGCUGUUUACCAACAGGGACAGCAUCAGGAGCAUCUCUUUGGGCACGAACAGCAAUGAUGUGGCCAUCCCUCUGACAGGAGUCAAAGAGGCCUCGGCUCUUGAUUUUGAUGUUUCAGAAAGGAGAAUUUACUGGACAGACAUACAGGCCAAGACCAUCAGCAGAGCAUACAUGAACGGCAGCUCCGUGGAACACGUCAUAGAGUUUGGACUUGACUACCCUGAAGGCAUGGCCAUUGACUGGAUGGGUCGUAACAUCUACUGGGCGGAUACUGGCACUAACCGCAUUGAGGUGGCCCGCUUGGACGGCCAGUACAGACAAGUUUUGGUCUGUAAAGACCUGGAUAACCCACGCCUGCUGGAUAACCCACGAUCUCUAGCUCUGGAUCCUGCCAAUGGCUACAUGUACUGGACAGAGUGGGGUGGUCGCCCCCGCAUAGCCAGAGCCUACAUGGACGGCAGCACCAUCAGUACGUUAGUGGAUAAGGUGGGCCGUGCCAAUGGACUGACUAUUGAUUAUGUGGAGCAUCGACUCUACUGGACUGAUUUGGACACGUGUAUGAUUGAAAGCACCAAUAUGCAAGGCCUUCAGAGGGAGAUUAUCGUGGAUGACCUUCCUCACCCCUUCGGACUCACUCUGUAUAGGGACUUCAUAUACUGGACAGAUUUCAACUUGCGCAGCAUUGAACGGGCUGACAAACGCAACGGGCUGAACCGCACCGUUGUCCUGCAGGGUCAGCUGGAGCUGAUGCUGGACAUCCUGGUGUUCCACUCCUCCCGUCAGGAUGGAACCAAUGAAUGCUCACAGAACAAUGGGAACUGUGGCCAUCUCUGCCUGGCCACUCCUGCUGGGGCUCAGUGCCGCUGCGCCUUCCACUACACCCUCAACCCUGAUGGGAGAAACUGUAGCUCUCCUUCAAGUUUCUUGCUCUUUAGCCAGAGGGCCAGCAUUAGCAGGAUGGUGUUAGGAGACCAGAGUCCAGACAUAAUCCUUCCCAUUCAUGUUACGAGGAACGUCCGAGCUGUGAGCUACGAGCCGCUGGAGCACCUGGUCUAUUGGCUGGAUGGACGGCAGAACAUACGAAGGGCCAGAGAUGAUGGCACCAUGUCUUCAAUCAUAGUUAGCAGUCCUGCUCAACAAGUGGACAACCAGCUUCAUGACCUGAGCCUUGACCCCUACAGUCGCCACAUUUACUGGACCUGUGAGAUCACCAACACCAUCACAGUUCAGAAGAUGGAUGGUCGCAUCGUCGGUGUGGUUGUCAAGGAUGAUACUGAUAAGCCAAGAGCCAUCGUGGUCAAUGCAGAAAAAGGGUACAUGUACUUCACUACUGUACAGGAGCAUUCUGCUAAGAUUGAAGGAGCGAGUCUGGAUGGAACAGAGAGAGAGUCCUUGUUCUCCACUGGUCUGAUUAGACCUGUAGCCCUGGCUCUAGACAACAAGCUGGGAAAGCUGUUCUGGGUUGAUGCUGACCUCAAACGCAUCGAGAGCAGCGACCUGACAGGGGCCAAUCGCAUUGUCCUGCAGGAUUCCAACAUCCUCCAGCCGAUGGGACUGACAGUUCUGGGGGAUCAUCUCUACUGGAUUGACCGGCAGCAGCAGAUGAUCGAAAGGGUAGAUAAACUGACUGGAGAGUUCCGCACACGCAUUCAGGGACGGAUAUCAUACCUGACAUCUAUCCACGCAGCAUGGGAGAUGGACCCAUCAGAGUUUGCAUCCCACCCUUGUUCCCGAGGCAAUGGAGGCUGUUCUCACAUCUGCAUUGCAAAGGGUGAUGGAACAUCAACCUGUUCCUGUCCCAUGCAUCUGGUUUUACUGCAAGACCUGCUGCAUUGUGGAGGUAAACCUCACACCACCACAGCAGUACUGAAGGACAAAACAAGUACUGGUGUUAAGAGAAAAUAUGGAGAGAAAUAUUGGCCAUACUGAGGAAAUCCACUGUUA